UAUGACUCGACAAGCCCUGUGGGAUUUUCGUUGCAAUCCUCAGUUUCCCUACCGUUGUGCUGUAGUUACCAAGAUCGAUGGUAGUACUUCGAAAGAACUUUUGCAGCUCAGAAAAAUUGGUUAUGGAGAAGAGAGUGAAGCUCAGUCUCCACCUGUGUUAGCGUUGGUUGAGGACACAGAUGACUUUUUGUUCCGAGAAUUCAGGUCACAAGUUGUGGAGCACGCCAACAAACUUCCCAGAACUCAUUUGCCAGUGUGCGUGUUUCUUUAUUGCAAACCCACCCAAAAGCCAUUGGACUGUCAUCUGAAAGAACCGGAAGCAAGCGUUUUCCUUGAGCAGCAUCUUAGUCAGAAGGAAGUAGAUUGGUUCAAAGACAAGUGUAAAGACAUGAAACGGGAAUCCCGCAGCAAAGACCCGGAGCAUGAUUUUGAAAAUUAUGCCAAUGAAAAUUUAAUAUCUUUUAUGGUAAUGAAGGAGAAUUAUAAUCCGAAGUACACCUAUAGUGUUGUUCAGAGAAAUUUAGAUCUUGUGAUUGGGGAUGAACUAACAUUGCUGAAGUAUCUAUCCCUUCUGAACCUCUACAACCCAAACCCAGUGUUUUCCUCUUGCUUCGAUACUUUAAUGUUAUCGGAUAGCCUUCGAAAAAGAAUCUGCCGGGAUUGGGUGGAAGAUCUUACCCACUCAGCUCGAAUUUUCUUACGAGAAGUGGACUGCAGUACACAUUCUGGGUCAGGGAAGGCCAUCGCCAUUGUUCAUCCAAUUAUUGCUUGCGAGUUACUGGACCAGAUAGCGGUGAAAAACGCUUCAAGUGUGAGUAAAAUUACCUUGGACUUUUUGGAGUCGUCGUUGUUAGAAAGUCAACCGACACGGUUUACCUCCAAAAGUCUAUUUGAUGGUGCAAAUAGAAUGCUUAAGAAUCGAAAGAAGUUCGAAAACGGCGAUGACGAGCAAACAAAGUUCUCACCGUUAAUUGAGAAGAUUUUGUAUGUAAAAGACGCAGGCGAUGGUGAAAAGAAAGCAACGGAACAAAGUAUACAUGAAGCUGCAGAAGUCCUUAGGAAAGGGUUGGAUAAAUUUCAGGAUUCUAUGCUUGCUCAGCAAAUGGCGAGAGUUUUUUACGUCAACGCUGGAGCCUUUUCUGAAUCAAGAAUAGACGAGUGCUUUGACCACGCCUUAACAUUCUGUAAGAAGGCAAUUGAAAUGAAUCCAAACAAUUCUUUUUUGUUUGAUACGAUGGGCCGCAUACAUGAGGCUAAAAUGAAAAUUUUAUAUGGUCCUAUCCGCAAGGAUAAUCGUAUCAUAGAAAUAAGCACUGUCACUCCAGUCCUUCCGCUUGCUUUUGAAGCAAUGAAAUGGUUUAAAAAGUCGCAGGCAGUAUCAAUGGAUUAUCAAAACAUGUGUGGUGUCCGUGGUGAACUUUCUGUGAUCUUCUACCUGCUAGAUGUUCUUCGAUGCACAGGACUCUUCAGAGGUGAAGAAGGCUUAAAAAAGAUACAAGGGUACCUCGCUUAUCGUCAAGUUAUACCACCUGAUGUUGAUAAACCUUGGCGAGAGUUUCAUGAGGCAUUCAGAGACCUGAAAAACCGAUUUAGUAAUUGCAUGGAGGGUCUUGCGGAAGAAUUUACAAUAUACAAAGGGAAUAGUGCAGAAGCAAUACUACUCCCCAAACAAAUUGCUUGGUUCAAGGCUCAGUACCAUACUUACUUUGGGGAAGGUGACUUGAAAUGGAACCUUGACAUCCCUGAAGAACGAUGGGAGAACAGGUGGCAACAGAUCAAUCAGUAUCUUGCUGGAGAUGUAUUUUCAAGUGUAUUUAAAAUUGAUCGUGCUUUAGCUGAUGAGGAGAAGCCAGAGGAAACACUUCAGGUGCUUAACAAUUUAGCACAUGAAAAUGAUUGUGAGACCAUACACCCGGACCGGUAUAAAGAUUUACUACUCUAUAUUACAAGUUGCAUGGCUCUUCACUCUCCAUACGGAAAUCGAUCAAACAAAAAAUCAGAUUUUGCGAAGCUGAUUCAGGAAUAUAAAGAAAUCUACAAGUUUGUAGACCAGUUACUUUCAAUAGAAAUAGCUGAUGAAGGAUACAAAAGGCUUUACGCACAUCUGCUUAAGGUGAUGUUUCUUUGGCCUCGGAAAGAUUUGGAGUUAAACGACUGCCGUGUACAAGAUUUUUAUGAGGCAUUGCGAAAACUUCAGAAAAGAUGGGAAAGUAAACGUAAGAGAUGCAUUGACACGGAUAAAAUGCUGAAACAAAACGUGUACAAGUACAUGCCGUUUAAGGAAGAGACAAGACAGUAUACCACACUUUUCUAUUUGGGUAAAGGUACCGGACUUGACGUUUUUGUUCAUACAAAUGAACUUGCCCAGUCCAGUCGAGGAUCCAUAGACUGGAGAGAUCGUAGAACAAAAAGUAGACUAGAACGACUUACAGGAGUAGUGGAAAGUAGAAACAUUAUAAGAUUGAAAAACCCUCUCGAUCAGAGUCGAAUGAUCGAUGUCUAUUACUCUUCUUUUCGAGAGGGAGGAUUUUCUAAGGAAGAAGUAUCAUUCUUCUUGGGAUUCAGCUGGCAGGGACCUAUCGCGUUGGACGUUAAGUAUACAAAUUCAGAUCACGUCAAGCACUCUGCGGAAUCUAGCGAUGCAGUCUUAGGUGACCAAUUUCCGUUAAGUCUACCGAAAUAUAUUGUAACUUAUGAAGAAUACACCUCCAGGAUGGGAAAACUGCUGAAAAAGCUUGGUGAAAUAGAUUCCUUAAAAAGGAAGAAGAAAAAAGGCGACAAACUGGAUGAAAAUCAGGAAAAGAAGAUAAGCAAAGAAGUGGACUUCAAGCGACAGCUGCAAGAGUUGAAACAAAGCCUUGAUGCUCUGGGUGUCCUUGAAGAAGAAAUAAUUAACUAGGUCACAUUGUUUAUAAAAUAAAGGGACGAAGCCAGAUUCUUAUCAAGUGUUACCGUCAGCCCAUGGAAAGAAAAGUGAGAGUCGGUUCGUAAUUAAAAAAUACGAGGAUUCUGUUUCAUUAGUUAGGGUUAGAAUCAUCUUCAGACUGUUUUUAGUUUCCUCUCAUUCCAGGAUAAAACGUAAAAAAAAUCCCUAUAUUAAAUGAGGUUCGGCUUACGAACCCUGUACGAACCGGUUGCUACUUUCACUGUUUGUUCGGAUUGUACACACCGAGUUGUUCAUCGUAAGGCUGCUUUGGCAGAUCGCAUCGGUUCGCCUGCGCUGGACAGGCCCGAAAAGGUACGGAGUGGUUGGGAGAUUUCCAGCGAGAAUUUCUCCUUCUCUCGCGCCUCUUAGUCGUAAGCUAAAGGAAAUAUGCAAAGUACGGAGUGAGUAGUCCCUCUGUUUUUCUCUGUUUGGUCUUUAAUGAGCCAAAUAUGGAAAUAUAAAUAAUAGGGGGACUGAUUACAUAUACCGAAGUUCCUUGUUAAAUGUUGAGAUGCGCAAUUCGAGUAUUCAGUAGAGCUAAUGAUGUCUGACCUAGAUAGUUUGGUUUAUCAAUUGUUGGAAAAAAUUGGUAGCAAAACAGUCGAUACUUUCACGAGCGAAAAGUUUGAAGGAUUAUACCAACAUUAUGGAAGGAAGGAGCAGAGUCUUGCACAUAAAAACAUUUAGCAUCUAUUUGUAAAACACUUUAUAUUAUAUUAUGCCACAGAAAUAGUUGCCUAACUUUCUGUUCAGCCCUUAAAGGCUGGUUUUCAUUGGCGACGGAGUCGGAGUCCUAAGAGAGCUUACGAUCUAGUGAAAAUCAAAAAUCGGAG